GCACCUCCCAGCCACCCUCCCUCGCCCCUGUCCACCUCCAAUCCGUCACCCAUGGCUGAUCAGCCCACCCUCGCCGACCUCAUGGAGAAGCUGCAAGCCCUCACCACCGACAUGUCCGCGAUGAAGGCCGAGAUGGAGGGCCUGAAGGACAGGUCGUCCUUUUCGGAGACCGGCGGCGGUGGCCGCACCGACGGGCAGCGGGAUCUCGACAGACCCCCCAAGUUCCAGAAGCUCGACUUUCCUCGCUUUGACGGCAAGUCGGACCCCAUGCUCUUCAUCAACAAGUGCGAGUCCUACUUCAGGCAGCAGCGCACUAUGCCGGAGGAGCGCGUUUGGAUGGCUUCCUACCAGCUGGAGGGUGUCGCCCACCUCUGGUUCAUCCAGCUGCAGGAGGACGAAGGCACGCCGCCUUGGGGCAGGUUCAAGGACCUCCUCAACUUGCGAUUCGGUCCAGCCCUCCGUUCGGCACCCUUCUUCGAGCUCGCCGAGUGCCGCCGCACGGGCUCCGUCGAGGAUUAUGCCAACCGUUUCCAGGAGCUUCUCCCCCGCGCUGGCCGCAUGGAGGAGGCACAACGGGUGCAGCUCUUCACCGGGGGCCUCCUACCGCCGUUGAGCCACGCCGUGCGUCUCCACAACCCCGAGACGCUCAACGCAGCGAUGAGCUUGGCACGCCAAGUGGAGUUGAUGGUGCUGGACCGCCUCAGCCAGCCCCCGCCCAGGGCUGCCCACCGCGCGCCUCUACCAGCGCCGGCCCCGCGACCAGCCCUGCCAGCGCCCCAGCCGCUGCUGGCGUUGCCAGCCCCGGCUCCCCCGGCCCCUGUGCCGGCCCUCCCUGCUCCCCCGCCGGCGCGUGGCGCGGGCGCCCAGGCGAAGCGACUUUCCACCGAGGAGCAGGCGGAACGUCGUCGGCUCGGCCUCUGCUACAACUGCAACGAACCCUACUCCAGAGGCCACAACCGCGUCUGUCGCCGGCUCUUCUACCUCGGCGGCGUGGAGAUCGAGGAGGGCGCUCCAGCAGAACAGGACGCGCCGGCUGAGCAGGAUGCACCGGUGUUCUCCCUUCGGGCCGUCACCGGUAUGCCUGUCUGUGAUUCCAUGCAGGUGCGCGUCACCAUUGGGGCUGCGUCAUUCACGGCCCUCCUGGACACGGGGUCCACGCACAAUUUCAUCGCCGAGGCGGCUGCUGCAUCAACCGGCCUCACCAUCGACUCCGGCUCCCGCCUCUCCGCUAUGGUGGCCAACGGGGAGCGCAUCUCGUGCCCUGGCGUUCUCCGCCAGGCGCCGCUGUCCAUCGACGGCGAGGAGUUCUGCGUCGACCUAUACGUCAUGCCGCUCGCCGGCUACGACGUCGUCCUCGGCACCCAGUGGAUGGUCACCUUGGGGAAGAUGGUCUGGGACUUCGCCACCCGCACCGUGGCCUUCACACGCCAUGGCCGCCCCGUGUGCUGGGCAGACAUCUCUGCACCCCAGACCACGCACAUCGCCGCCAUCACGUCCCCAGCAGCCCUACUGGACGAGCUGCUGUCCGCGUUCGGGGGCCUCUUCGCCGAGCCCGUCGGAUUACCUCCGCAGCGUUCUCGCGACCACAGCAUCGUGCUCAAGGAGGGCGCGCUACCGGUGGCCGUCCGACCAUACCGCUACCCGGCGGCGCACAAAGACGAGCUGGAGCGGCAAUGCGCGGCCAUGAUCGAGCAAGGCAUCGUCCGGCGCAGCGACUCCGCGUUCUCGUCCCCGGUCCUCCUCGUCAAGAAACCGGACGGCUCGUGGCGCUUCUGCGUGGACUACAGGGCGCUCAAUGCGCUCACGGUCAAGGACGCCUUCCCGAUCCCCGUCGUCGAUGAGCUCUUGGACGAGCUCCAUGGGGCGUGUUUCUUCACCAAGCUUGACCUACGCUCAGGUUACCAUCAGGUCCGCAUGCGGCCGAGCGAUAUCCACAAGACGGCGUUCCGCACUCAUGACGGCCUAUAUGAGUUCCUGGUCAUGGCGUUUGGGCUUUGCAACGCUCCUGCCACGUUCCAGGCCCUGAUGAACGACGUCCUGAGGCCGUUCCUUCGCCGUUUUGUGCUGGUAUUUUUUGACGACAUUUUGAUUUACAGUCAUACAUGGGCAGACCAUCUGCGGCACCUGCGCGCCGUCUUCGGGGCGCUCCAGCAGCACCAGCUCUUCGUCAAGCGAUCCAAGUGCGCCUUCGCUGCUUCCUCCGUCGCGUACCUCGGCCACGUCGUGUCCGCGGCGGGCGUCGCCAUGGACCCAGCCAAGGUGCAGGCAGUGCGCGACUGGCCGCUGCCCCGUUCAGCCCGCGCGAUACGAGGCUUCCUAGGCCUGGCCGGGUAUUACCGGAAGUUCGUCCACCACUACGGCUCCAUCGCCGCACCACUCACCGCUCUUCUCCGGAAGGACGGCUUCUCCUGGACAGCAGAUGCGGCUGCUGCGUUUGCCGCCCUCAAGGAGGCGGUCACCACGGCUCCGGUCCUCGCCAUGCCGGACUUCUCCAAGACGUUCGUCGUCGAGUGCGACGCUUCGUCUCACGGCUUCGGGGCGGUGCUGGUCCAGGACAGCCACCCGGUAGCCUUCUUCAGCCGGCCCGUGGCUCCCCGGCACCGCGCUCUCGCCGCCUACGAGCGGGAGUUGAUUGGGCUUGUCCAGGCCGUCCGCCACUGGAGGCCGUACCUGUGGGGGCGUCGUUUUUUGGUCAAGACGGACCACUACAGCCUCAAGUACCUGUUGGAUCAGCGGCUGUCCACCAUACCGCAGCACCAUUGGGUGGGCAAGCUCCUCGGCUUCGACUUCGCCGUGGAGUACAAGCCGGGACACACCAACGCCGUGGCGGAUGCCCUCUCCCGCCGCGACACCCCGGAGGAGGGCGUCGUCUUGCCCUUGCGGCCCUGCUGGACGACAUCGGGAGCGGCGCCCGGACCUUGCCGUGGGCCGUGA